ACCAGCCCAUCAGUGUCCCUGGUCUGAGUUCAUUUGAGCCGCUGGUUGGACUGUGGUGCUCCUCGACAAGGACCAGAUUCACAAGUUGACUUGACUUCUUCCUUCUGACCAUGCAGCUGGUGAUCCGCCGGUACCGUCACUCAGACAAGGACCCGGUGCUCACCCUCUUCAGCAGUGGCAUCAGGGAGCACAUCCACCCAUGUUUUCGCAACACCAUGACCAGCCCUCUCAACCUCGCCAUCACCCUGGCUCUGUGUGUCGCCGGCCACCUGCUCGGCUCCGUGUUGUGGGCUGUGGUGCUACCAGGAGCCUGGGUGGCCCUCGUGUACUACUGCUGUCAUGAGCUGUACGGCAGCUUUGUCAGGGAGAAACUCCUGACGGACAUGCAGGACAUCCCUGGGAACUAUCUGAAAGGACCGGAUGACUGCUUCUGGGUGGCCGAGGCUGAGGUUGAAGGGAGGACCCGGGUUCUUGGUAUGGUGGCCGUGGUGGCCAAACAAAGUGGGAAGGAAAGAUACGGAGAACUUUGCAGGAUGAUCAUCUCACCAUCGUGCCGUCGGAUGGGCCUGGGCCUCAGGCUGGCUCAUACUGCGGUGGACUUCUGCAUGGAGCGAGGCUUCUCCAAGGUGCUGCUGGAGACCAGCUCCACUCAGACCGCCGCUGUGUCCCUGUACCAGAAACUGGGGUUCAGCCACGUCACCUCUCACACCAAAACGUAUACUUUUGAUUGGAUUGUAAUGAUGACUAAGGUGUCGAUUUUGAUUAUGGAAAAACACCUGUAGCCCUGUCAUCAGUGUCUGAAUGGGUGUGAAUGGGUAAAGGACACGUAGUGUUAGCUAUGAACAACAACAACGCAAAACCUUAGGUUUCCUCGUAGUCUAUGUAACGUAUCUGAAUGUUUUAAAGUUGACAAUGUUCUAUUUAGUUUGGACCAAGAUUCUCCGACCGUCGAUUACUUCUUUUAUUACUGCUGUGAUUUUAUUUCACAAAUGACCAAUCAGGUUUAAGUGUCUUAAAUACAAAAUCAUGCAAGAAAUAAAACCACCUCAAAUGCUUGUA